UUCUUCCCCAGGACCACUACUGUUCUAUUAUCACCGCCACUACCACCGCCACCACACCAUCCUUCACUUGUCGCAUUAGCUCCACCAUCAUCGGACUGAUCGUCUUAUCAAUACUUGGUGUUGGACGGCUCGCUGAUACGGAUCAGAUGACGUGUUACAUAACCCUACGGUAGCCAAUACGAUGAGUGACGGAAAUGCUGGCCAGGACUCCCUACUGGUUUCAUAUCAUGAUCGAGCUUCUUCUGCAACAGCCCUACUAGAGCCCGUCAACCCGGACAUCCAUCCGAAUUCUUCCUCCCACCCCAAGAAGCCACUACCACCGUUGGUGUCGGAUGCUGGCUCCCCUGCCGGAUCCUCUACUACCAAUCGAGCGUUUCACUCUGCCAGUGCCUCAUUUUCGCACAAGAGAGGCGACUCAGGGGGCGCCAUCCCGGAUGAUUUUGCCUCGGAUGGCGUGAGUGAGCAAGCGGCCGACCUUGCUUCCUCCAACGUGCCGAACGGGUGUCGUCAAGCAUGGCAGGAGCAAUGGAGGCGGUCUGACACCGAGUUUGUCCGCCCAUCAAGCCGCGCAGUAGCUGAAAGUCGAAUGGGGCAGGCUAGUCCGGCUGACAGCAAUUCCCGCCUUCCUAGAGAUGCCGCCCCCACGGCGGACGACAUAGGCGAAAGUAAUGGCGGCUCAUCCCCGCUUCAUUCGCAAGCAUUUCGCUCCAGUCCCAUCAUGAAUGCCGGCCGUCCGCCAAUGAACCCAAGCGCCAAUCCAGACGAGAUGGCCUCCCUCUCCGAAGUGUCACGGGGGUCUGCGGAGGGUCUGAGCUAUGGCCAAGAGUCCGCGAGACAAUUGAGCAAUGCUCAUAGUCCCGCCGGCGCGGUCACUGGGACAUCCGGAGAAGAAAAACUGAUUCAGGAUGUUCGAGGAAUCUAUGCUGGGUUGGUGAUGGCGGAAAAUAGAUGCGAGGUGUGGCACAAGCGGGUCCAAGAAUGGCCCACGAUGACGCAGGUUCAAUAUCAAAGCUUGGUUGGAAUCCACGGAACUAUGCUGCAAGAGUAUCACGAUUUCUUUCUUUGCUCCCAACAUCCUGUCGCGAGCCCUGCGCUCAAACGCCUAGCGGAGAAAUAUGCCAUGCCCGCACGACUAUGGCGCCACGGAAUCCAUUCGUUGCUGGAAUUGCUGCGCCACCGGCUUCCUGAAUCCUUGGAGCACAUGCUAGCCUUCAUCUACUACGCCUAUUCCAUGAUCACACUGAUGCUCGAAUCGGUGCCUGCCUUUCAAGAUACCUGGAUCGAAUGUCUGGGAGAUCUCUCACGCUACCGGAUGGCCGUGGAGGAAUCCGACCUUCGCGAACGUGAAGCCUGGGCGGGCGUGGCACGAUACUGGUACAACCAGGCUGCAGACCGGAACCCGAAUGUGGGCAGAAUCCAGCAUCAUCUGGCGGUUUUGGCCCGACCGGAUAUCAUCCAGCAGUUGUUUUACUAUACGAGAUCUCUGGUCAGUGUUCAGCCGUUCGCGGGCACACGGGAGAGUAUUUUUCUCCUAUUCAAUCCUUUCCUGAGAGGGCCCCGAGCACUUGGUCGUCUGCCACUAGUAAGCGCUUUUGUGACCGCACAUGGCCACUUGUACACUAGAGACGUCGGAGAUCGCUUUAUUAAGUCGAUCGACACAUUUGCAUCGCUUCUGAACCAGACUAUAAGCCAAUUGGGGGCUGCAUUCAGGCUACAGGGGUUCUUCAUUUGCGCUUGUAAUAUUUCCGCCAUGCUAGAAUAUGGCAGCCCCGACGCUUACCUGGGCCUCGAGUUCCAGGAGGCGGAGCAGUCGCAAGUAGAGUCACUAGACGAGGUCUACGACUCUGCUGCCAACGCCUGGAUUCCUGUCAAUGACCUCGAGGCCGUGCAAGCAGAGUUCUUAGCAUCUCGGGACUCCCCAAAUCCAUCGCCUCUGCUCUUUUACGGGUCCUACCUCGCUUACCACACUUUGUCCGUGAUGCUCGAACAAGUCAAUCAGGUCCCUGACAGGAACAUAUACGCAGCAUGCCAUGUCUCUCUAGCGUUCCUCUGGUGCUUGUCACUUACACCGCGAGGUAUGAACCGCCUGGAAGUUGCAGUACCGUGGAGAAAACUUGUGUCUUUUCUCAAUACUCUGUUUCGCAGCUACAUCAGGCCCGAGAUCGCCGAGAGGGAAGACUUUCCCGUUUCGGAAGAGACCACCUGGGUAGCGGAAGACUUCCUUAUCCGUGGCCAGAUCUGGAGCCAACGUCUCUAUCCUGCAUCUUUCUUCGACAACGCACCUACUGCCGGCGAGGGCAGGAACAUUGAGCCGCCGUCACGGGAUAUCACCAGGAUGUACAGGUGCAUAUGGCUGGGAAUCAGGCUUGCCAAGUUUGGACGUUGGAUCACAUAUGACCCCAACGAGCGGAAGUUCUCUGCUACCCCAUUUGCCCUGGAGCUUGAGACUAUUGCCGAAGAACACAACCCCUUUUCCACGCCGAGUGAGGCCAGUCAGGAUAGUGCAGGCAACGACGCGCGCGAAACCUGAGGACGGCCUGGCUGGCCCACUUGUGAGCCAUGCAAAUUGGACGUUUGUGAAGUAUCGAACAUUGCGAGAGACGCUAUCUGGAUGGCCCGAUUGAUUACAAUACCACCAAAAGUCCUCGGUGCAAUAACAUAAAGGCCCGGUAUCUGGGCGCUCUAAAAAAGGAGAGCCAUAUGAUUGUGGUGAAAUACGUAUUGAUGCGAGUC